CUUUGGUAUAUUUCAUAAGUAUCUUUAUUUUGUUUGUUUGACAUUUACCGUCAUUACUUGGUCCCAUGCCAUAGAGCAAAAGUCAACUCUUAUCCCUCUGGCAGCAAGUUUUGGUUAUAAAUUAAUCUCAGACUUUUAUCUUCCUCUUCCUCUCCGAUUACCAAUUUAAGAAGAUCAUUAAAUUUCAUUCAACGUACUGAUCAAUUUUAUGGCACCACCACCUCCUUCGCCACCAGCUGUUUCGUUGAAGGUUUUACUCCUUUUACUUAGGGUUUUAACAGGAGUUUUCCUUGUUAUAGCGCUAAUCAUCCUCAGCACCAACAGUGUCACCAUUGUAUCUCAAGGAAGCGCAUUGAAAUUUCAUUUCAAAGAUGUUUAUGCUUAUAGAUAUAUGCUUUCAGCUGCCGUCAUUGGACUGGUUUACGCCGUCAUACAACUGUUCUUCACAAUCUCCGAAUUCGCCACCGGAGUGAAAAACCCUUUUAAUUAUCAACUUGAUUUUUACGGUGACAAGUUAAUAUCAUACCUAGUGGCGACGGGUUCUGCAGCUGGAUUUGGAGUGACCAAAGAUUUGAAAGACACAUUUCUAGCAUUAGUCGCAUUAGAUUCGACUGAUCCAGUGGAUAAGUUCUUUAGCAAAGGCUACGCAUCGGCCAGUCUUCUUCUCUUUGCUUUCAUCUGUCUUGCUGUUUUAUCUGUUUUCUCAUCCUUUGCCAUGGCCAAACGAAAUUAAUUCUAGUCUGAUCAUCAUUAUACAACUUUGUAAUGUUUUCCAAUAUGAUUUGACCAGAUAUAGCUUUGUCACCAUGCUAUGCUAUAUGUGUGUUGGUGUAAUUAUGCAUACGAAGUCAAAUGAUUGUUUUUGUUACGAAAGAAUUACAUUUAACAAAAAAUUAUCUAUGUACUCGUUAAAAUUAGUCUGUAUUUAAUUAAAGGAAACGUA